UUGAACGCUACUAUCUGAUCGCGCGUUUUUCACCGACGCGAAGCUUCGGGAGCCCUAGCGCUCCAAAUCUCCAAAUUUCUCAGACCAGAAAUUCACAAGCGUAGAUCAUCCGACUCAGAAGGAUGCCUCCCGGCGGAGACGCGACGACUGAUGACCAAUGCAACACGGAAACCGAUGAGGGAACCAUCGCUAUGCACAAGAAGCGGUCGAGGCGAGUCAGCUUUGCUGAGUUAACUUCAGUUCACGUCUUCGUUCGGGACGCUGAGAACGAGACCCCUACUGAUCCCGAGCCUCCAUCUCCUGACGCCAAAUUGGUUCAGUCCAGCAAUGGUUUAGGGCUUCGCCGUCAGGACUCAACCGACGGCGAAUACUCAAAGGAGUCUACGUUGAACGACGAUGAUGAUGAUGAUGGCGAGGAUGAAUGUAGCGGUAGGAGGUUGUUCUUGCGACCGAUGGAAUCUGCAUCUCCUGGAGGAAGUACCAUGGGUUCAGCAACCUCUGAUGACGAUGAUGACUUUUUUGGACCAGUCUCAGCUAGUUUUAUCAGACCUGGUCGAUUUUCAGAUUCUGCUGCAUCUGAUGAUAAUCAUGACAGGACGAUGGAUUCAACUGCUUUUUCCUUGCAUUUUCGUAGCCUUGUAAGGUCAGAUUUGGGGGAGAUGACUGCACCUACAACUUUUCAAAUGUCCUUAGAUGAGAGAACACCCAUUAAAAAUUCGUUAUCAACCACAUUAGGGGACUCUUUGACACCGACUAUUGUUAAGAGCAAAGUCUCUGAUUCUUCUGCAUGUAUCGAUAAAUUUAGCAGCCAUGCAGAUUCAAGUGGCAUGAGCCUUGUAGGUGAAGAUGCGCAAAAGUAUGACUAUGGAAAACUAUCUCCUGGAUUGGAUGCCCUCUUGGCAGAAGGUCGGAAUGUCUUGCAGGCUGAUGUAGUUCCUGAUAAUACUAUUGUGAAGUCACCGAUAAACAACAUAAGCAUGCCCCUUAUGUCAGAUGUGACCCAAUUAGUUAGAAGUCACGAGACCGUGGCAGUUUCAAAAGUUAUGUUGGAAGAUGAAAAUAAUGGAUUUCUUCCCAGUGCAUUGUCAGAGCCAGCUGAUGGUUUCUCAUCUGAUAUUGGCAAAGUUCCAGGUUCCAAUAAUAUUAUUGAUCAGAGAAACUGGCCACCUGAAUAUUCAAGAAGAGGGACUCCACAUAUGAAUACAGAUGGUACUGAAGUGCCUAGGAAGAGUCCAGUCAUUUGCAAUGAGGUUUUCGAUAUCAUAUCCAAUGAUGCUACUGAGGUCGUCCUGCAUGAACAUCUCUCUUCGGAAGCGAGGUUUACUCCUUUAUCAGCUAGAAGGAAGAUGAACUUUGCCAGUUGUAGCCCCUCCAAAACACAUGUAAAUACUCCUAUCUUAGGAAACUCAAGUUCACUGGCAAGAUAUGAAGUCAAGGAACACUGUGGAAGCAUUUCUUCUGUUCAAAGGAGCAUGUCUAGGCUCAAAAUGCUAGAAAGUUCUCCCUUUUCUGCUUCUGUAAAGGUUAAGCGUGCAUCAGCGUUGACAUCUAGCUAUCUUUGUAAGACUCCUCCUCCAACUGUGGUUCUAGAAGAAGUAAAGAGCAUAACUUGCAUGGAUUAUGCUGUUGCUGGUUCCAGCCAUAUUAAACCAUAUGCAGACCCAUAUACACCACAGAAACACAAUGAUGUCUUCAAGAUGAAUCAAAAUCCUGUUUCACUUGAAGAGUGCAUUGACAGUCAGUCUAAUAGUUUAACCGUGGAUGAUGGAGAUAAUGCAAAGACUCGUCUAGGACAUGAUGUGGAGUUUAGCAAGAAAAUUGAACAUGUAAGCCUGUCAGCUAUACCAGCUAAUGAUUUGGAUACUUUAUCUGCUAGAGGACAAUAUAAAUCACCUAGUGCUCGCAAAUCUAAUAUAUCCGUUGUAGAGUCAGUGUGUGAAAAAGAUGUUGCGCAUUAUAACACUCAAGAUGUGCCUGAGACCCUUGGUAAUGAUAUGACACAUUGGGUAGAAAUAGAGAGCCAUAGUACUCAAUGUUUUGCUUCAGAUACUAGCUUACACGUUCAAAUGAACCAUACAUCUGAGGGGGAGAUGAGGUAUGAGAGGGAAACAUCCUCCUGCGGUGUUGAUUCUCCACUCUCUUACAUGACCUACAAUGAGCCACAACAGCAGGGGCUGAAUCGAAGUCCUUUGAAGAAGAUAUCCAAGAUGACCAACAAUGAAAGUGUACCAUCUCUAGGCCUUCUACCUGCCAACCAUGGUCAAGAUGCAAAUCUAUUUGAGAAUAGUGUUGAAAGGAAAAGAAGAAGAGAUGACAUUAUAUCUAGCAAGAACGACUCGUUGGAUGAAUUAGUGCAGAUCCAAUCAAGUUCAAAGCUCCGUAAAGUUGCUGGUAAUUCAGAAACCUUGGUGGAACGGCCUGAAGAAAAUACCAGUGAGAUGUUUACAGGACAAGAGAGAACAAAACUGGAGCAUUGGGAUGAUGUCUUCUCAAAAUUUGUGGCAGAUAAAAAACAGUUGGUUUCACCAUUACAUGACAAGGCUAGUCUGCAGAAUGUUGAUCAACUAUUAGAUCUCUUGGUUCAGCAGCAAAGGCUUAAACAGUAUGAGUUUCUACGAAUGGAGAUUUUGCCUAAGCAGAAACUCCAUAACCUUGACAAUCAUCAGCAGAAAAGAGUAGCUGAAGCCAGAAUGCUAUUGAAUAGAAUUGCACAUCAGCAUACUGAGUUGCAGUUAAUGUCAAUGAAGCGAGAGAUGUUACUGAAAAAAGUUCAGUUGGUGAAUGGAUAUAGUCGUGAAGUCCAGAUGUUAAAGUCAAGUUAUCAGUCAUCCUCAAGUGUGCCUUGCACCAGAGGCCCUCCAAUUGACAAGUGUAAUGAUCACUCUGCGAACUCUGAAAAUAAUCAUGAGGUUUCUAGUGAUAAAGUAAAUGCAAUGAAGCAGAUACUAGAAGCUUCAAGCAGUAAAAUAUUUAAUUUGACCAAAUUCUUCCACACGGCUUUCAAGAUAAAGGGAGAACCAACGUCAAUUGAGACUACUGCAUUAGUAAACGAUCUUCUGAAGAGAAGAGUGCGUUGCAGGUUUUUAAGCCAAAAUUUAAAGUUGUGGGAAGUUGCUGAUAUCGAGAGCAGGACCCCCCAUCACAAUGCCGUUCUCAACUACCACAACAUCAUUGCACAGAGGUUUACAAUAGAUUUUGGUUCCGUCACCAAUAUAGUACUUUCAAACCAGCUGAACGAAAAGACAAUUUUAAAGAAUUUCCCCAAUAUGAAUGCUGUCGUUGCUUUUGCCUUUGUCUUGAAUACACAUGCUUCUCAGAAGAAUGUUGGACAUAGAAGUUUGAGCCAGGAAAUCCAAAUCACAGGUUCAGUUUUGGGUAAUCUUUUGGAUGUCAUUGAGGAGGUUCAACAAACAAGAAUCAAGAUUCCAAAUCUGAUUUCAUCCCGUUUUUGUUCCCCAUCUGCUGAGGAGCUCGAACUACACAUUUGUUUCCUCAAUUUUAGAAUUGGAAGAAAGGUGGCAUUUGCACUCAACUUGUCUAGCCUGAGCUGGGGAAUAUAUCCCACAGAGGCGAUUCCUUUUGAGUUGGAGGAUGGUUCAUUGCCAAAGUUAGCUGCAGGAGAAGUUACAAAAAUUAGAGCUGCAAUUGAAAGUCUCAAAGCUGGAUACUCAAGGAUUUCCCGUCUUUGUUCUUGCAUUUCUGAAUUGGUUGAAAAUUGGAGUGGAUGAUCGAUCCACUGUUUGUUGGUAUGUAUGAUUAAAAAUCGAAUCAUAUACACAACAGGUUGCUUGGUCUGCUUGCAGGUAUAUGUUUUUCAUGUGAGAUUUUUAUUUUUAUUGUUCUUGCUAAAAACUGGAAAGUAUUGUUCAUUUUUUCUCUUUGUAAAUUUACCACUACAACUUCUUAUUCCUAAGCAUUUUAUUAUUA